AAAAAAAAAAGAACGCUUGCCACAACGUCCAUCCCAACGCACCCGCCCGCCACACGGUCCUCCUUCCCUUCGCUCCCGACCACCGACCACCGACCACAUCACGAUGGCGCCCCUCGCACACGCUUCCCGCACCUGCGUGCGCCAGCUCUCGCGGAGCGGCGCCCCCGCCUCGGCACGAGCCCUUAGCACGACCGUCGCCCGCCCCGACUCGACCGCGUCCUACUCGAGCCCGUUCAAGGGUGCGCAGAAGGGCAACGAGAUUCCGGACUUUAGCAAGUACGUCAGCAAGACGAGCGGAUCGAAGAACCAGCUGUACUCGUACUUUAUGGUUGGUGCCCUCGGUGCCAUUACCGCUGCGGGUGCCAAGUCGACUGUGCAGGAGUUCCUCGUCAACAUGUCCGCCUCCAGCGACGUUUUGGCCAUGGCCAAGGCGGAAGUCGACCUGAACUCGAUUCCCGAGGGCAAGAACGUCAUCAUCAAGUGGAGAGGAAAGCCCGUCUUCAUCCGCCACCGCACCCAGUCUGAAAUCGACGAGGCCAACAAGAUCGACAUUGCCUCCCUACGGGAUCCCCAGGCCGAUGCGGACCGUGUUCAGCAGCCCGAGUGGCUUGUCAUGCUUGGCGUCUGCACUCAUCUCGGUUGUGUCCCCAUCGGCGAAGCCGGCGACUACGGCGGUUGGUUCUGCCCCUGCCACGGUUCUCACUACGACAUCUCGGGCCGUAUCCGGAAGGGCCCCGCCCCGCUCAACCUCGAGGUUCCCGAGUACAGCUUCACAGACGACGGCAAGCUUGUCAUCGGUUAAAUGUUGACCGGUCCCAGUCUUUUUGUACGAAUAUCUAAUUCGCUGUAUGGAUGGGAUGGGAUGGGAUGGGAUGGGAUGGGGGGGUGGACAACAAAGGAGAGGAGACGAUGGGCAGCGGAGGGUAGAAGCACUACGCAUAGAUUCACGGACACAGCCCCAGCCCAGCCCAACGCGAGGCCAUUUUUUUCUUUUUCUUUUCACUUGUCUCUUCUCUUUGCACUCUGGAGUGGGGGAGAGACGUCUUAGACAAGAACGGAACUAGGAUGGAGGCAUGUGUUUCCCGUUGUAUAAACACCGCAAGUAGUUGAGUGAGCGGAUGAGGAGCGCAAUAAGUAUGGAGUAACUUGUAA